GGGAACUUCACCAUCAUGGACUCGUCCGUGGCCGACCACCUAUCGCUGGAGCACAUCUAUGGCAACUUUCACGACUACUACGACUUCAACCCCGAGAGCGAGAGGCUUCGUUUCCUCACGUCGGACGUUCGGCAUGCGCUGCGGCAACAUUUUUACUCGCAACCGAAUGCACAAGGGACGUUGUUGGACGUGGGUUGCAACGAAGGCAAACUGACCAUGGGGCUCUUCGAUGCACUCACACGUCACGCCACGUCGUCGUCGCCACACGACGCAUCACCGUUCACCACCGACAGCCUUUCCCAGCUCAACGACGUGCUCCAACCCCAUCAACUCCGACCCGAAUACAUCACGAUCGCCGACACUGGCACAGCCCAUCGACCCCAGUUUGUCCUCCACGUGUACAUAUACGGCGUUUUCUUUGGUCAAGGCAGCGGCGUGUCCAAGAAAGUCGCGCGAGCCAAAGCCGCCAGUGUGGCAAUGGUCCACUGGCGCCGCAUUCACCACAAUAUCUCACCCACAUCCCCUACCAAUUCGUCCGAACUGGUACAUGCCGCCAACCCAACCAUCCCUUGCAACGACGAUAAUACCCCCAUGGAGCUAAAGGUUCUCGGUAUUGACAUCGACAACGUGUUGAUUGACAAGGCCAAGAGCCGAUGGCCCAACCAUCCACAUGUCUCGUUUAUGACGGGCGACAUUAUGACUCCGAGCGACGCCCGGGCCAUGUCGUCCAUGUUGACAUCGAGACCUCGCUUUGACGUCGUCACGUGUUUCAGUGUCACAAUGUGGAUUCAUUUGAACCACGGAGAUGCAGGCCUGAGUACAUUCUUGGACACGAUUAGCAACAUAGCCACGCAUUUGAUCGUGGAGCCCCAGCCGUGGAAAUGCUACCGCACGGCCAUAGCGCGUCUGAAGCGAAUGCACAUCCAAAGCCCGUUUGGAUUGCAAGCGCUGACGUUUACGCACGAGCAUGUGACGACGUUCAUCGACUCCAAGUUGUCCGAGUGGUUUCCGUUCCGAAAGUUGAUGGGGAAGACAAACUGGAGUCGACACGUGUGGCUGUACAGCCGCGUGCCGCUCCCCGGAGUUGUCUACGACGUACGAAAAGGGAAGUGUGACGUUGUGUCCUCAUAG